CGAUAUGCUCUGCUGUUGGUGUGCUAGUCGAAAAAUCGAAAUCGUGACCGGAGGACUGUGCUAGCAAUGGCGAACGGAAUUGUAACUUUUACAGUAGCGCUACGAUCCGCUAGAGGAGUGGAAGUGUGGACGCCCGACCAACAACAGAAACAACUCAACUUCAUUCCGGACCCAAGCUUUACCCCCGACCAGAGUAAAUCUUGCCGCGCUAUUGUUUACAGUCCUAAUGGUCGAUUUCUGGCCUGGGCCAACGGGGCCACGGUGCAGCUGUGCGAGGUGGCGAACGGUUGGCGGACGAUCGCUUCGCUGCCACGGCCGAAGGCCUGCUUCCUGCAGUUCUCGUCCCGCGGCACGUACCUCAUGACGUGGGAGGUGUACACCGAGAACCCGAAGGACGUGGUGAAGGAAAAACCGAACCUCUACAUCUAUCGGGCGGAGACGGGAGAGGAGGUGUUUUCCGUCAUCCAGAAGCGCCACCACGACUGGCAGAUGCACUGGAGCAGCGACGAAAGCUUGGCCGCGCUGUUGGUCGGCGGGGAGGUAUUGUUCUACGAUCAUACCGAUCCAUCCGGUGCCGGCUUCCAGCGCGUGUCCAAGCGCCUCGGUGGCCUGCGAAAUGGCGGUGUUUCCAUGGCACCGGGAACAUCACCGCCGCACGUGGCCGUCUACAUUCCCGGCACGAAGGGAGGCCCAUCGAUGUGCCGGCUGUUCAAGUAUCCAUGUCUGGAGAUGAACCAACCGGUGGCCUCGAAAAGCUUCUUUCAGGCGGAUAAGGUGGACAUGAUGUGGAAUCGCAGAGGCACUGGGCUCAUUUUGAUGACUAGUACGGACGUCGACCAGUCGGGAGUCUCCUACUACGGCAAGCAGGCACUGCACUACAUGACCCCGAAAGGGGACUCGUGCUCGGUGCAACUGAACGCUGAAGGGCCCAUUCACGACGUGGCGUGGAGCCCGAAGUCGAACGAAUUCUGUGUGGUGUACGGAUUCAUGCCGGCCCGGGCUACACUCUUCAAUCUGAAGUGCGAUGCCGUGUACGAUUUCGAGCCGGGAAACCGCAACUCAAUCUACUACAACGGCUUCGGUAACCUGAUCGUGUUCGGUGGCUUUGGAAAUCUCCCGGGAUACAUCGAAACAUGGGACCUGAAUCGACGCAAGCAGUUGGCCAGUUUCAAGGCGCCCGACACGACACUGCUGGAGUGGAGCCCGGCAGGAGACAAGUUUCUGACGGCCACCACGGCCCCGAGACUUCGCAUGGCGAACGGGUUCAAGGUUUGGCACUACUCUGGCGCACUGCUUAGCGAGUACAAUUGGACCGGGGAGCUGCUGGAGGUGAUCUGGCAGCGCUGCGAUCCGGCCUCACUCAAGGAAACGCCCAUCACCGACGAAAAGGUGACCGGGAUCGUAUCCACGACACCGCAGGCUAGCAAGCAAAAGUACGUGCCGCCCGGUGCUCGCAACAACAUCGUCAUCACUGGCGGUGGCCAAACAAUCGACUUGCGCCCACCGAUCCCGGGUUUGCCUCCUGGAUAUCGGUCUUCCGUACAGAUAAAGCAAGCCAAGAAAAACAAAAAGAAAGCCGCGGCCCCAGCUCCCGAUUUAGCUGCGGCUGAUGAAACCCCUGGCGAAACGUCGGAAACGAAACCCUCCAAGAAAAAGCCGGCGAAAAACGCUGGUGCAGCGAAAGGUCCCAGCAGCAGCAGCGGCAGCAACCCCGAUGGCGGUAUUGUUGAUCUAGCCAACGGCAACCUUGCAAGCACAACUUCGAACCCCGCGAUUGCCAACAAUAACGACGACGAAUGCUCUGAGACGAAACCAGUCGGUGAGGCAAAGAAGUCUAUAACGGGCGACUUGGAGAAAGACAAGAAAAUUCGGGCCAUCUACAAAAAGCUGAAGGGGAUUAAGCAGCUGAAAGAAAAGGUUGAACGGGGCGAGUCGCUCAACGCCACGCAAACUAUUAAAUUGAAUUCGGAAACCGAGCUGAUGGAGCAACUGGAAUCGUUGAAAUUGUCCUAAGAAUUGGCGUGAUCAUCCGUGAUCGACGCAUUGGCACAAACUGGCCCAUGCGGUACCUCUUAAAAGCAACAGCAGCGGAGCGCGGGAAACAUAUUUUUUGAGAACCUUUUCAACCGUUAUAUCGAUAUCGAUCCAGAAGCACGCGGCAGGGUUUCUCCGGCAACAAAUAAACGAAUGCUGUAACUUUGCAGAAAACAGUUUCAA